CAUUCUCGCAUUCUUGGAGGCUGUGUGAAACGGGAAGGGGGUGGAGAGUCAUGUGCUUUUGCCCUCUUCUUGCACUGGUAUACGCUGUCGGACGCUCGCCAGCAAAGGUAUAUAAGCCCCCUAAUCUCCCUUCCGUCUCCCCGUCUCUUCAUCACUCACUACACACCACCACCACCAAGCCAGCCAACCCAAACAACAAUGCUCUUUUCCACCUUCUUUACUGUCCCCCUCCUCGCCCUCUCCUUCCUCACCCCCGCCUCCGCCUCCCCCCUCGCCAAGCGCUACAAUGGCGUCAAGAUCCAGUCCUACAAGGACGGCAAAUGUCUCUCCCCCAACAGCGCCACUAACUCCAACGGUGUCUGGGUCGUCUCUGUCGCUUGUGACAAGGCCAAGACUUGGGACAUCAACCCCGGGUCCGGGAGCGUCAAGCUGUCUGGCACCAACUUUGUUCUCGACGCUGGUACUGGCAAGGACAACAAUGAGGGUGUCAAGAUCUGGCAAUCCUACCCCGGUGUCUUCCAGCAGACAUGGUUCCUCACUGAUGACAAGCGUAUUGCGAUCACUGGCGGUAACCAGUGUCUCGACGAAGGCGACAAUGGACCUCAGACCUACGCUUGCACUCCUUACAACACCAACCAAGUCUGGAACAUCAUCGAAAGUGGUGGUAGUACCCCCUCCUCCUCUUCCUCGAGCGCUACUCCUUCCAGGACUUGCGUCGCUUGGAGCUCCUAAUCUCCUCGCCUUCUCGAGCUGAGUUGGUCAUCUUCAAGGACAUUUCCAGUGCAUGCCUCGUUCGUUUCGUGCCCUAUAAUCUCAAUCGAAAGUAAGCAAGGUAGUAUGAGGUGGAGAACGUGAGGCGGUCAUAGUCUUAGGGAAAAGGAAAGUACGUUUGCAAUCAAGUCACCAAGUCUGGAAAGUUUAUAUGAGAGGCAUGCACACAUAACUUCAAACUCUACUUCUGCGCUGUGCUAGUUGCAUCUAUUAUUAUGCAG